AUGGAGCAUAAACCAGAAACUUGUCGGCCCCGUGCGAGUCGGCGGCCGGGUGCAAAACUCUACCAAAAUCCGGUAGUCGAGGCUGCGCCGAGUCAUGAUGGCUCGCCCAUCUUCACGGCCUACACGACCGACGAGUAUGACAGCAAGCGGCCACUGUUUGCGCUGGUCGUCUAUGUGACGGUGGCGGAAGCCUCAGAUCCUAGCUACGUGCGCGAUCUAGCGCUACAGAUCCACAAAGGUAUGGGGCGAGAGCGGCGAGCGCAUAUGAUUCGCGACUACCGUCGUGAUCGAAUUGAGCUUGUUGGAGUGCCGGAGAAGAGACAACGGGACGAUGGAGAGAGUGAGAGUGACAAGACUUGUGUGGCCCGCUGCCAGACGCACUAUCUCGCCGAGGUGGCCUCGCGCAUGGCUACCGGUGAAUCGAACUUUUUCCUGCCGCCAACUUUUGACCCGACUGACUACACACGUCGACCGACGGUCAUCCGCCGGCUGUGUUACAUAGCCUUGCCCUCGGGAUAG